UAUCCAAAAAGAUUUAGUAGCUCUUCUUGUUCAUUUUCUGAAACUUUUGCUCUCUUUCAUUUAGCCUCAUCAAUGGCAUCUUCUUUAUCCACUUUCCAUCACCUCAGCUCUUCAUUUUCACCCCGAACUAUCGACAAUGCCAAACUUUCAUCUUCUUUUUGUCCUUCACCCACCACCUUAUCUUCAAACCCCAACAUUUCUAUCCAAUUCCUCAACAGAAAACAACCCCCAUUCGUCUCUUCAACUCCAAGGUUCUUAACUGUUAUCGCCAUGGCUCCUCCUAAACCGGGUGGCAAAGCCAAGAAAGUGGUUGGGCUGAUAAAAUUAGCUCUGGAGGCAGGCAAGGCGACACCGGCGCCGCCUGUCGGACCGGCGCUUGGGGCAAAGGGUGUAAACAUAAUGGCCUUUUGUAAGGAUUACAAUGCUAGAACUGCUGAUAAAGCUGGUUAUGUUAUCCCUGUCGAAAUUACUGUCUACGAUGACCGAAGCUUUACUUUCAUUUUGAAGACACCCCCUGCUUCUGUUUUGUUACUGAAGGCAGCAGGAGUGGAGAAAGGUGCCAAGGACCCGAAACAAGAGAAAGUGGGGAAGAUCACGAUCGAUCAAUUACGUGCAAUUGCUACUGAAAAGCUACCUGAUCUGAAUUGUACAACCAUUGAAUCGGCUAUGAGAAUUAUAGCCGGGACAGCUGCUAAUAUGGGAAUUGACAUCGAUCCACCGGUUCUCGAACCGAAAAAGAAAGAAUUGGUUCUGUAGUUGCUUACUUUUUGUCAUUUGUAUCAAUAUUUGCUAGUACUAUGUUUGCCCCAUAUUGCCAUUUUACAAUAUAAGUGUAAGUUCAUUAGAAAAUCCUCUAGAUUUUGAUACAUGUUUGUAUUGUAUUUUAAUUAUUUUUUCGUAUAGUCUCUUGAUCGAUUACUAUGCUUUGUCGGUAAA